AUGCUAGCCAAAGCCAUACGCAGUUUAACCUAUGGAACUGUAGAGACUAAAAGUGGUCUAAUACUGACGGGACCCCUUUCAUUGGACAGAUACUUAAAUGUCACGAUUGCUGGCCAGACAAUUAGUGGAACUGAGAUAAGAUAUUUGCGAAUGGGGGAUGAAGAGCUUGCUAAAAUAGUCGAACUAGAUCAAGCCCAGCAAAGUCUUCGACCCAGCACUAAGAAUGCUAAUGAUCACACCACCACAAAGACCAAAGACUAG